AUUGCCUUUUGUGACUUGAAAUCUGUGCACAAAUAUGGGUGAAUCGCAAGACAUGAAUCUAUUGAUCGAUUGUAUCGUAAACUAUGCCAAAGAAUAUCACGUCAAGAGAUUGGAUCCGUUUUACAUGCGAGACAAGCAGACUAUGGAUUUCAAUGAAUACGUGACAGUAAUCAUAAACCAAUGUAUAAUAUUUGGCGCAACGAAUAUCAAACGGGUGUCAAAUGACACACAAUUCAAGUCAUUGGGCGACAAGAGGUUCAGCAUCGGGUGCGACCUACUGAUGACUGACCUGCGGGUGAACGUGAACUUUGACGCCAAACUCGGUUUCCCGAAGUAUCGACUGCACCCACAGCUCAAGACCUGCUGUGUGUCCAUCAAUUCAUUCGUGUUUAACAUUGAGUUCAUACUGAAUAUCAAACAGCAGUCCAUUCGCGUGAAUCGGGUCUCA